AUGCCCGGGGUGACGGUGAAGGACGUGAACCAGCAGGAGUUUGUCCGGGCACUCGCUGCCUUCCUCAAGAAGGGGAACAAAGGGUGACUUGGGGACCCCCUGGGGUGGCUCAGGGACAACUUGGGGACACGGGGACAUUUUGGGGCCCCCCCCCAAUGACUCUUCUGCCCCCCCUCAGCCUCCACAGCCCGACACCUGUACCUGCGGGGGGGUGCAGGGGUGGGUUCCAUGGCCAAAGUUUACGGGGGGCGACAACGUCGGGGGGUCCGACCCAGUCACUUCAGUCGCGGCUCCGGGGGCGUUGCCCGAGGCCGCAAACUGACCCCCCAGGGGCAGAGGGACCUGGAUCGCAUCGCGGGGCAGGUGGCAGCUGCCAGCAAGAAACAUUGA